AUGAAGCAUACUAGAGCCAAGCACACCAAAUCGAGAAGAGGCUGCAUCACCUGCAAAAUCCGUCAUGUCAAAUGCGACGAGCAACAGCCAGAAUGCCUACAGUGCGUCAAAACAGGGCGCAAAUGUGAUGGAUAUGAUCCCAAGCAGACAAACCCACAGGUUCAGCAGAGAGCCGUAGUCGAUCCGGUCCCCGUGGCCUGGACUAAACCCAGCGCCGACCAGCGUCUGGUCUUGCGUCCAGGGACUCGAGAGGAACGGCAGUAUAUUGAGUUCUUCUGCACCCGGACGUCGCGCGCACUGUCUGGCUUCUUUGAUUCGGAUCUCUGGGGAUAUUUCCUGCCCCAGCUGAGUCACUCCGAGGCUGCCAUCCGGCACGCAGUCAUCGCUCUGGGGGCUCUCCAUCAACAUCUACAUGUAAUCCUCGCGAAAGACAAACAUGAUCCCGGGCGGAAAAUCGCCCCCCAAAAUGAACAGUUUAUCAUUCAGCAGUACAACUCGGCGAUCCGACAUCUAGUGGCACAAAUGUCGUCCGCAAAUCAGGUGCCGCAUCUGACUCUGAUUGCCUGCUGUUUAUUUGUCUGCCUGGAGAUUCUCAGUGGCCAGGGUAGCAAAGCUCUGGACCAUAUCGAAGCUGGCCUGAAAAUUGUUCAGCGAUGGGAGAACGAUCCAAAUGGAAAACUACAGUCGGAAGGGAUUACUCGAGAACUAACUUAUACCGUCAUCCGUUGGAAUACCCAGCUCUCAAAGCAUGGAAGGAAGAUGAUUGCCCUCAAUCUCAGCCAACUAGAUGCAGCAGAGUCAGUGGGAAGAUCAGAGACAUGGACGGAAAUCUCAACGGCCAGAAAUUCACUCGACGUACUGAUCAACCGCGCCAUGAGCUUCGUGGAGGCAGUGGGCAUCGACCGGCAGACGAGAGGGUCGCCCUGGCAAGUUCGUCGGCAACAGGCGCUUCUCCAAGAUUUCGCUGAUUGGCUGAACGCAUUUGAGAGUCUGAUGAAGCGAUGUGGCAGACGGCUGAAGAAGACUGAUCCUCGAGGACCUGUGCUGCUGCGCCUCCAUCACCGCACCAGCCAAAUUUUUGUAGUCGUCGCCCUGUCCAGAGAUGAGCUCAUAUUCGACGAGCUCGACGAUGACUUCAGAGCUAUCGUUGCGUACUCCGAGGAGCUAAUCGAGCUCAAUGCGUCACUGGACAAGGACUCUGUGCUGACUAUCUUUUCCUUGGAGACCGGACUCAUCUCUUCGCUGUGCUACACGGCUAGCAAGUGUCGCAAUCCGCUGCUCCGGCGAAAAGCAAUCAGCCUGCUGUAUCGCUGCCCUCAGAAGGAAGGGCUGUGGAGUAUGCAGCAAUAUGCGACUCUGUCGCGGAUCAUUGUGCAGAUCGAAGAAGCAGAGGUGGCUCACUUGCCGGUGGAGCAGCGAAUUCCCGAAGAUCGGCAUCGCCUGUAUACAGCGCACAUUGAAAACAGGACUUGUCGCUCAUGUCAAUUAGUACUGAGGCACAUGCCUGAGGCUGGUGAUGGAGAAUGGCAUUGUCGAGUCAGGGAUGUGGAUUUCUCGACUGAGAUCGAAGCAGAGGAUCCCAACUUUUUCACAGAAGCUGGUAUCAGCUCAGAGGCUUGA